UUUAUAUAAUUAUAUGUUGUUCAUGCUGAUGAUACUAGUAACUGGCAGUUUAUCCGUUGUUUUUCACCAGCUAAUGAAAGUGAAGUAGGCUUGUAAAACUACAUCGAGUAAUUUGUUGUUUUGCUUCUUGUUCUUCCAGGCAGAGCCUUCACCAACUACUGGUUCUCUCAUUAAGCCUCCGACAGUGCAUGGCUCUGUCACUUCUAGUGCAUAUUCAGCGACUGCUCUGUGUUCCAAUCCUAUCGACGAAAGAAAUCCCAGCUGCUUUGAGUUUAAACCCCCUCCUAGAUCAAAUCUGGCACCUGCAGAUAAAACCAUCUUAGAAGCGAACAAUCUCUGCAGAUCCAAGGUCAAUACCGGAUUGUAUCGUUUACUCCAUCAGCUCCAGUUAAGAAUGAGAUGGCUGGCUCUUCGAAUGAGUUGAGCCUCUCUGUACCAGUUCAUACAGCUACUUCUGUGGCUAGUGUUCCUGCUGAAGCCAUGUAGACAAAUUAAACCAUUGGGAACCCAAAUAGUGGGAUUCAGUCAGGGCAGACUGAUCAAAGAGUAACAGGCUCAUCCAUGAUAUCCGAUGAUGGAUACAACUGGAGAAAGUAUGGACAGAAACAUGUCAAAGGAAGUGAAUUUCCACGCAUUUAUUACAAAUGUACACAUCCUAAUUGCGAAGUGAAAAAGCUAUUUUAGCAAUCUCAUGAUGGGCAGAUUACGGACAUAAUAUACAAAGGUACACAUGAUCAUCCUAAACUUGAACCUAGUCGCCCGUAUUCUUCUGGAAAUACCAUGUCUGUACAAGAAGAAAGAUCUGAUAAGGUGCCAUAUUUGACUGGAGGAGAUGACAAGUCAUCCAGCAUGUAUGGCCAGAUGGCUCAUAGUAUUGAUCCAAAUUGUACAGCAGAUCUAUCUCCGGUCACAGCUAAUGAUGAUAAUGUGGGUGAUGCUGAUGCUGAUGAUCCUUUCUCAAAGCGAAGGAAGUUGGAUGGUGGGACUGAUAUCACCCCUGUGGUGAAGCCAAUCCGGGAACCACGUAUUGUCGUACAGACUUUGAGUGAAGUUGAUAUCCUGGAUGAUGGGUAUCGAUGGCCCAAAUAUGGGCAAAAAGUAGUGAGAGGAAAUCCUAAUCCUAGGUACAUAUCAUGAAGAUUUGAUUAAAUGAUAAUAGUGGUAUGUUUCAAGAUAUGAUUUUUAGAACAGUAUAUUGGUUGGCAUGAAACUCCAUUGGAAGCAUUCUGGCUUUUGCGCAUUGUCAUGAAUUAGAGAUAUGUUUCUCAGUUCUUCUAGAGAA